UGAUAAUCUAUACAUUGUCUGUGUUUAAGAGUCAUGGGUUCUUCUUCACACAGUAAACAUAUGGAAAGAUGUGAAUACUAAGAAUCUAGACUUCUUCCAGAUGGCCUUCUUCCGGAUGAGUGGCCAGAAGGUCAUCCAGACCCUCUAACUGACUGACCUCUUUCCUCCAUCUUCUGGGGUUCAAGUAAUUAACAGACGAUUCAUUCCCACAUGCCUCUUAAGACUGCCCUGUACGUCAAAUCACCGGCCAAGCGCUGGUCCCGUGGGCAGAAGCGCCGUGAGACGUUGUCAGUCAACAUGAUCAGCCGCCCGCUGGAUGACUUCCGACACCUCUCCCACAUUGGAUUGGAAGCCAGCGGUGAUGCCUUUGGCAACCUCACAGCUUUUCAGCGGACCGGUAGCCUUUUCCUCCAGCGCUCACAAUGCCACCAGGACCUCUACCCCAUCAUCUCCCCCAGUGAGCACCCCCCACCCAAGCCGCUAUGCCUCCUGAACCCAGAACAGAUGGAUGGACAGGCUGCGAAAGCCAGAAGCCUUCCCCAGGUGUCCAGGCACAAGAAGUACCACUCCCUGCCCUUCCUGGAUGCUAUGGAUGUGGAGGACCACGAUGGGUUUCACCAAGGGGAGGAGGAAAAGAACCAGGACGGAGGGUUAACGAUGAAGACGGAUGGAUCCGAGCUGAAUAGCGUCCCCCAAAAGUCUCCUUGUCCUCCAGAUGAGACCCAUUCAGUGAUUGAUGAAGAUGUAUCCUUCACCCUUAACUUUAACUUGGGACCAUCCAUACUAGAAGAUGUUCUGCAGGUGAUGAACCAGCUUCACCAGUGAGACUUUGAGAAGGGUUGCCCUAAUUGAUGUUUGUAGUAUCUUGUUAACGGACUAGUCGAAAGACAAGUAUCUUUUUAACGGCUGGUCAAAAGACCCAAGACAAAUAUAUUGUUCAAGACAACUUAAGUAAAGGGAAAAUUUCCCAAAUCAUUCCGAUAUAAGGAGAAUUGAAUGGGGUGCACAAAUGGAUGGACAAAAUGAGCUCGACUACUUCAAUUGUAUUGAUUUAACAACUGCCUCUUAGAGGACAUAUAUACAACAUUUCCUUCUUAGCUAGGAGGCCACUCCAAAGGCUCAGGUCCUCCUGGAAUGAAAGACAGAAUGAGAAAGCUUACCUAAGAUUCAGCAUGACAACAGAUGAGACAGUAAAAAUGGUUGGGGAACAAAAUGACCACCCUUACUUUGACUAUGCAGGGACAUGUCCUGCAUAGCUAUUUUCUGCUUUUCUUACCAAGUACGCAGAUGGACUGUUUAACAAACCUUCAUGAAUAUACUAUUGUUAAAAAACAUAUUUAUAAGUUAUGAUUUAUAGUGUGACAGAAUCGUAUUAGUCUAUUCAAAAUAAUUUAUUCAGGAAAUCCGAUUGACUAUCCUUUAGUUUCACACGUAAAAAUCUGAUGAAUAUUAAAUUUGUUUUGGUUAACCUUUUAUUUGAAAUAAAACCAUUAAUAGCUAUUUCUUACAUUUUGUAUCUCUAACAAUGUACUCUACAACAACACUGCCUCCUCCUGGUGCCAUCUUGUAACAACUAUCACAUUUCCUGUCACAUCCAUCAGCAUGUCUUUCCC